AAGCGCCGGCCACGCAGGGCGCGUGGGGAGAGUGGGGUUCACUGCGUGGGAAGGGGGGGCCGGACACCGAUGAUGGACGCACAGACCUGGCGCGUGGGCUUUCGUUGUCUCCUUCUUUUGGCKUUCGUGGGGUCUACCCGAAGCGAGGGUGGCCAGACGUGUGAAGAAGUUCGGAAACUUUUCCAGUGGCGGUUUGUGGGCGCUGUCAAGGGGUGGCCGGAUUCGCCGCGGGCAGGACCUGAUCUUCAGGUUUGCAUAUCUAAAAAGCCAACAUGUUGCACAAGGAAGAUGGAGGAGAGAUACCAAAUUGCAGCUCGCCAAGAUCUGCAGCAGGUGCUUCAAGCAUCCACCUCUACAUUAAAGCUGCUAAUAUCUCGAAAUGCAGCUGCUUUUCAAGAAACCCUUGAAACUCUCAUCAGACAAGCAGAAAAUUAUACCAGUAUACUUUUUUGCAACACCUACAGGAACAUGGCCUUAGAGGCUGCUACUGCAGUUCAGGAGUUCUUCACCGAUGUAGGGCUCUACUUAUUUGGUGUGGAUGUUAAUCCYGAAGAAUUUGUAAAUAGGUUUUUCGACAGUCUUUUUCCUCUGGUCUACAACCAUCUCAUUAAUCCCAGUGUGACUGACAGCUCCUUGGAAUACUCGGAAUGCAUCCGCAUGGCCCGCCGGGAUGUUAGUCCAUUUGGUAACAUUCCCAAAAGAGUAAUGGGGCAGAUGGGAAGAUCUCUGCUGCCCAGCCGCACAUUUCUGCAGGCCCUCAAUCUGGGCAUUGAAGUCAUCAACACCACUGACCAUCUUCAUUUCUCCAAAGAGUGCAGCAGAGCUCUCCUAAGGAUGCAGUACUGCCCUCAUUGCCAGGGCCUGACUCUCAGUAAGCCCUGUAUGGGGUACUGCCUCAAUGUUGCCAGGGGCUGUCUUGCCCACAUGGUAGAGCUUAAUCCACAUUGGCAUGCAUAUAUCCAGUCCUUGGAAGAGCUUUCAAAUGCAAUGCAUGGAACCUAUGAUGUUGAACAYGUGCUCCUGAACUUCCAUUUGCUUGUAAAUGAUGCUGUGAUUCAGGCUUACCUCAAUGGACAAAAACUAGCWGAACAGGUAAAUAAGAUUUGUGGCCAUCCAGUAAGAACACCUACACAAAGCCCCCCUUGUUCUUUUGAUCCUAGCAAGGAGAAGCAUGGAAUGAAGAUCUCCACAAGGAAUGGUGAAGAGACACUUGCCAACAGAAGAAAAGAAUUUAUCAACAGUCUUCGACUGUACAGGUCAUUCUAUGGCAGCCUGGCUGAUCAGCUUUGUGUUAAUGAAUUAGCUGCUGUGGAUGGGCUGCCCUGCUGGAAUGGAGAAGAUCUAGUAAAAAGCUAUACUCAGCAUGUGGUUGGAAAUGGAAUCAAGGCCCAAUCUGGGAAUCCUGAAGUCAAAGUCAAAGGAAUUGAUCCUGUGAUAAAUCAGAUAAUUGAUAAGCUGAAGCAUAUAAUUCAGUUGUUACAGGGUAGGUCACCCAAACCCAACAAGUGGGAGCUUAUUCAGCUGGGCAGUGGUGGUGGCAUGGUGGAGCAAGUCAGUGGAGACUGUGAUGAUGAGGAUGGUUGCGGAGGAUCGGGGAGUGGAGAAGUGAAGAGGACACUGAAAAUCACCAACUGGAUGCCGGAUGGCAUGAACUUCACGGAUGUAAAGCAAAUCCAUCACACCGGCCGCAGCAGUACUCUGGACGCCACUGGAGCAGGAUGUGUGGCAGGGACACAGCCUAUGACAUUCAUUCUGAUGGGUGUACUGAUGCUACUUCUGGGGCUGUGGUAACAGAACUCUUCUGCCUUGAUGUCUCUUACUGGGGUCUUGAUUUCUCCCUUCUCUUCAUAAACCUGGAAUAGAAGAUGUUUUUAAUGUAACCGUUAUAUUUAUGAGAAGGGAUGUCGCACUCACUUCAUGGAAGCCAA